AUGUCGGUUUCGAUAACUAGCAGCACGCCUAUGAAGGAAGAGCUGGAACUCAAAAAGCAAUUAAUGGAGGAAAAAGAAAAUAAACGUAAAUUAAAAGUAUCCACUUCAGUAACCAAAAAACCCAAAAACGUAAAAAAUAAACCAAAGAAAAAACCUAACAAAGAGCGGGAUGACGUUAAGACAAAGUCGAAAGAUGCAAGUGGUGAAGAAAGUAAGCAGAAAUAG